CCCCGGCGCUCCGCUCCAGGUUUCCUCCCCUCCCGGCUCUGUGUGGGUGUCAGUGAGCAGUGGAGCGGCUCAGACAGCAGCAGCACUCCGGAGCUCCUCGUUGCUCGGCGGCAGCUGGAAACAUUGAGGCGGCGGCGCUCUGGUCCCAGGUGAAGCAGGGGGGAGGAGGAGCAGCAGCCCGGGGGCGGGGGGACGCCAUGGCGGUUGGAGCGGAGCCGGGUCAGUGAGAAACAUCUGGAACAUCAGGAUGCUGAUGGAGAGGGGAGCGCCUCAGAGGAAGACCGUGUACCGGAUCUCCCUGACUCUGGUGAAGAGGGAGGACCUGGGGGGGUCGGCGGAGGAGGCGGGGCGGGGGGGUGGCGUGCUGGAGGAGGAAGAGCCAGAGCCGGCAGCGGCUCAGGGCGGCAUCAUGAGGAGGUUCAGGACGUUCAGCAUGGGUCAGCUGGAGCUGGGCCGGCUCAGGGCGUCCCGCAGGGCGCAGCGCGAUGAACCGCGGCCCGAAACCGCCGCCGCCAAGGUGAGGAGGCUCCUGAAGGCCCACAGCAUGGAGGACCGGGGCCCCACCCACCCCAGGGCCCCCCAGAAGCCCGGCCUGCUGCAGCGCAGCUUCAGCUUCAGCGUCCGGACCCGGAUGAGCGGAGAACUGCUGCGUCUCCGGCAAGCGUCCAGAGACGGGUCGCCACAGACCCCGCCCCCUGUACAGGCCACGCCCCCCGCACAGGCCCCGCCCCCCAGGACCCGGGAGAAGAGCCGCACCCUGGAGGUGGGGGCCGUCCUCAGCAGGGCCGACUCGCUGACCGAGCUGAGCCGCCAGAGGGCCGGCGCCGCCAAGAACCGCACGCUGGACAACAGCGACCUGCAGCGGCGGGACGCUCAGGGCGACGGCGCCACGCCGCGGGGGGGCGACCGGCGGCUGGGACGCUUCUUCAGCGGGUUCUUCUCCAGACCCGGCCCGGCCCGGAACCCCGGGGUCGGCAGGUCGCUGCGGCGCGGUGCGGCGCCGUCCAGCACGGAGAGCGUGGACGGGGGCGGAGCCAACGGUAACCAUGACGCCUUCGUCAACAGCCAGGAGUGGACCCUCAGCCGGACCGUACCAGAACUCAAAGUGGGCAUUGUGGGUAAUCUGGCCAGCGGGAAGUCGGCGCUGGUCCACCGGUACCUGACAGGAACCUACGUCCAGGAAGAGUCUCCUGAAGCUGAUGUGGAUGCAGGAGGGCGCUUUAAGAAGGAGAUCGUGGUGGACGGCCAGAGUCACCUGCUGCUCAUCAGGGAUGAAGGAGGCCCCCCAGAGGCGCAGUUCGCUCUGUGGGUGGAUGCCGUGGUGUUCGUGUUCAGCCUGGAGGAUGAGAUCAGCUUCCAGACGGUUUAUCACUACUACAGCCGCCUGGCGUCCUACAGGAACACGGCCGACCUGCCGCUGGUGCUGGUGGGAACCCAAGACGCCAUCAGCUCGUCCAACCCGCGGGUGAUCGAUGACAGCCGCGCCAGGAAGCUUUCCAACGAGCUGAAGCGCUGCACCUACUAUGAGACGUGCGCCACCUACGGGCUGAACGUGGAGCGCGUCUUCCAGGACGUUGCCCAGAAGGUCGUUGCCGUCAGGAAGAAGCAGCAGCUCUCCAUCGGACCCUGCAAGUCUCUCCCCAACUCUCCGAGUCACACGUCCGUCUGCGCCGCUCAGGUCUCAGCCGUCCACGUCAGCCAGUUGCAGACCAGUAACGGCGGCGGCAGUCUGAGCGACUACUCUUCGUCGGUUCCGUCCACACCGAGCACCAGCCAGAAGGAGCUGCGCAUCGACGCGCCGCAGGCCGCCAACACGCCCACGCCCGUCAGGAAGCAGUCCAAACGUCGCUCCAACCUCUUCACCUCGAGGAAGGCCAGCGAUCCGGACAAAGAGAAGAAAGGUCUGGAGAAUCGGGCCGACAGCAUCGGCAGCGGGCGCGCCAUCCCCAUCAAACAGGGCAUGCUGAUGAAGAGGAGCGGCAAAUCCCUCAACAAGGAGUGGAAGAAGAAGUACGUGACGCUGUGCGAUAACGGACUGCUCACCUACCACCCCAGCCUCCAUGACUACAUGCAGAACGUUCACGGUAAGGAGAUCGAUCUUCUGCGAACCACCGUUAAGGUUCCAGGGAAGAGGCCGCCGCGGGCCGUCUCAGCCUGCGGCGCCGGGCCCAACCCGAACACCAACGGCCUGGUGAAGGACAUGAGCAACGUCCAGCUGGGACCGACCUCAGGCUCGGUGUCCAGCAGCGUGUCGGCGUCCCAGAUGGCGAGCGGCGUCAGCCUGGUGUCCUUCAACAGCCGCGGCCUGGAGGGCCUCCACCAGCGCUCCUACUCCGUCUCCAGCGCCGACCAGUGGGCCGACGCCACCGUCAUCGCCAACUCUGGAAUCAGCACAGACACUGCUUUGGGCGACUCGGUCUGCUCCAGUCCCAGUAUCUCCAGUACCACCAGUCCAAAGAUGGAGCCGCCCCCAUCGCCGCACGCCAACCGCAAGAAGCACCGGCGGAAGAAGAGCACCAGCAACUUCAAGGCGGACGGCCUCUCUGGUACUGCAGAAGAACAAGAGGAGAACUUUGAGUUCACCAUCGUGUCGCUGACGGGUCAGACGUGGAACUUCGAGGCCACGUCGUACGAAGAGCGGGACGCCUGGGUCCAGGUCAUCGAGAGCCAGAUCCUGGCCAGCCUGCAGUCCUGCGAGAGCAGCAAGAACAAGUCUCGCCUGACCAGCCAGUCGGAGGCGCUGGCGCUGCAGUCCAUCCGGAGCAUCCGGGGCAACGGGCGCUGCGCCGACUGCGACGUACCGAACCCGGACUGGGCCAGCCUCAACCUGGGCGCUCUGAUCUGCAUCGAGUGCUCCGGGAUCCACCGGAACCUGGGGACCCAUCUGUCCCGGGUCCGGUCCCUGGACCUGGACGAGUGGCCGCUGGAGCUCAUCAAGGUGAUGUCGGCCAUCGGCAACGAGUUGGCCAACAGCGUGUGGGAGGCCAACGCCCAGGGCCGCCUCAAACCGGGGGCGGACGCCAGCAGGGAGGAGCGUGAGCGUUGGAUCCGGGCCAAGUAUGAGCAGCGUCUGUUUGUGGCGGCGCUGCCCGGCGCCGACCCGCCUCUGGGCCAGCAGCUGCUCCGCGCGGCGGCCGAGGAGGACCUGCGCGGCGUGGUGCUGCUGCUGGCCCACGCCUCCCGCCAGCAGGUCAACGACACGUUCGGCGACGGCUGCUCGCCGCUGCACCUGGCCGCGCACAAGGGCAACGUGGUUCUGCUGCAGCUGCUGGUCUGGUACGGCGCAGACCUGACGGCGAGGGACGCCCACGGGAACAGCGCCAUGGCGUACGCGCGGCAGUCCGGCAGCCAGGAGUGCGUGGAGGUUCUGGCCCAGUACGGCGGCGCCGACGAGCGCUACGCCCUGAUGACCACGCCCAACCUGCCGCGCCGCAACGCCAACCGCAACAACAGCUGCAGCAGCCUGGGCAGCGCCGCGCUCAUCUGACCGCCGCCAUGAUGGGAAACGGGUCUCUUACCUCAUCGGCCAAUCAGAAUCCAGGAACACAUCCCACAACACCCAUCUCCAUGGUGACGACAGGAGAACCGACCAGGUCCAGGCCUGGUGGGACGGGAGCUUAGACUCUGUUUUAUUUAAGGAGUUUCCCCCGCUGGGAGUGUGAGAGUGUGUGUGUGUGUGUCAGAGUGUGUGUGUGUGUGUGUCAGGGUGUGUGUGUGUGUGUGUGUGAGUGUGUGUGUGUCAGAGUGUGUGUGUGUGUGUGUCAGAGUGUGUGUGUGUGUCUGCGUGUGUGUGUGUGUGUGUCAGAGUGUGUGUGUGUGUCAGAGUGUGUGUUGCUGGACCAAUGGGAGAGCGUUCCUGGGCGUUCCUGGGAGCCUCCAGGCUCAGGACCGUCAAUGUUUCUGAUUGGUUCAUUUUGUCCAAACGGACCAAGGGAACGUCGUCUGACGAAGGGCUGUUUCUUCUUCUUCUGUAAAUACUGCGCCUCUGUCCUCAGUUCCUGUCACGGUCGCCGUGACAACGAGCACAAACAGGAAGUAGUUGAGUCUGUCGGUGUGGUUUGGUUUGGGACUCAAGCAGGACGUUCUGGACGAUCUGAUUGGCCAAGUCAGCAAGAGGUCAAAGUGCAGCAGCAUAUUGGAGCCAUUAGAGAUAAAGACAUACGGAGUACAUCUCUGCCAACAAACUGAUUUAAAAAUGAGUCUUCUCAGCUCCAAAAGUCAAAAAUGUGCAGGAAUAAAAAUCAGAAAUGCUUCAUUUUUUUUCAAGAUUAAUUUCAAACUUUGAGAGAUUUUUGGCAGAAAUGUACUCCGUAUGAGAGCCCAGUGGUUGAUCCAAACCGGAGUUGAUCCGGACGGUUCUGGAUCCUGAAGCUCAUCUGAACACGGAGUCGGAACGCCGUUAGCUUCCUCUGCUGACGUUUAUUUAGCUAGCAGAAGUUUAACUUCAAACAUUUUUAAACCUGUUUGGUUCGUCAGCCAUUUUGCUGGUAUCCAUGGUAACCUGAAGAGGCUGGCGUUUCUCCUAUUAGCCUCAGGCCUAGUCAAAUCACUCCUGGUGUUUGUAGAAAGUGUCGACUGAAAGCCAAGGGAGCCUCAGGAAGAACGCUCUGUCUAGAAAUCCUAACCUAGAUGUUGCUGCAGCAGGUGAGUCGUUCUCAGCUGGAUUCUCUGAUUUCACGGCUCUAAAAUCAAACUUUCUCCUCUUGCCUUUUUUUUAUGAUCCCAGAAUCACACAAACUGCUUCUCCAUGCAUUCUGUGUGAACAAUGUCUAUGUUUUGACUUUCAGUCCAACCAGAACCAGAACUACAACAAAGUAUUUGGGCCAUUAUAGAUAAAAACAAAAAAAAGAUAUUGAGAGAAAAAACUUGUCAGAUUAAUAUCAGAAAUUUUCUGGAAGUCUAAAUAUUUUUGAGGAAAAAUUCAGAAGU